UGCUAACAUAGGCUUUGGGGCACUAAGAGUCCUCUAUCUAACUCUAUGGCCUAAACGCAUUAUUCCGUCUCUAAUCUGUGCUUCCGUAUUCAUAGCCAUCGGAAAGAUCAUACUACGGUCACUUUUAUAUAGGACCGACUGUAAAAUCAUUCUCUGUCCUCCCUUACAAUGGCGUUUUUACAAUUGAUUGUCUUGAUCUUCAUGGCAUCUUUUUGUAUUGGUGAGACCAUGGUCAUCGGUGAGCCUACCAGGCCCAAGUUGGGCAUCACACAGCUGUCCUCAACAACUGACAUCUGCUCAGACUGCAGCCAGAUCAUUGAGCUAUUCACAGACAUGAUCUCCAACACUGACACCCAGGAGCUGAUCCACAACACCCUGGAUGCCCUGUGUCUGCGCCUCCCCAUAGUUGAGGCUCAAAGCCACUGUAUGUCCCAGGUGCAUAUGUACCUGCCCCAAGCCCUCCAGUACCUCACUGGCAUACUGAAGCCAGGUGAGACGUGUAUGGUCCUGGGCCUGUGUGCUGUCCGCUCAGAGAGAAAAGCGCCUGAACCGCUUCCUCCCACUUUCAAUGACAUCGAUCUUUCGAAUGCUGUACUUGACUCAGGCACCAGCCCAGAGGUGCAGAUCAGCCCACAGUGUACCUUCUGUGUUUAUCUUAUGAAGAAACUGGAGAGCAUGUUGCCUACAGAGAAGACUGAGGAUGCCAUAGUGAAGCUAAUGGGUGAGGUGUGUGGCCUCCUGCCUGCAAGCUACAAAGACCAGUGUGACGACUUCAUCAACAAGUAUGGAAAGGAGAUUGUUGACUUCCUGCUGUCGUCAGCCGCCCCUCACUCCAUCUGUGCCCUGCUGCACCUGUGUCUGUUCCAGGAGACCCCCAGCAUGGAGAUGCCCCUCCCCUCUGACUGUGAUUCCUGCCGUACGCUGGCGGUUCUGAGCCGGCUCCACCUGGGUCUCAACGCCACUGAACCUCAGACCUCCUCUUUCCUCCAGUCUGUCUGCCUGCAGCACCCCAAUGCCAUCCCCAAGUGUGAAAUGUUCACCAAACUCUACGGUCCCAGACUACAGAAGGUUCUGGGAAGCCAAAUGGAUGCUCCGGAUACAUGUGAGAGAGCUGAUAUGUGUGUUGCUGUGAAAGAGCAGCAUCUUCUGGGGAAGAACCAGUGUACCUGGGGACCCAGUUACAUCUGCAGGGACUUGAAAACUGCUCAGGGGUGUGGUAUGGUAGACUUCUGCCAGAAGGUGAUGUGGAACUAGAGCUGAGAACCACUCCCAGAGUUCUCCCUCCAUGGAUGAAGCUGAUGAUUUAACUGCCAAAUAUAUGUUUUAGUAUUGCACUUGUUACUGAUUGCACUAUUGCCUUUGACUUUUCUUUGCCACAGUUUUAAAUUAAAUAUUUUGUCAACUUCAUUUUACAGGUCAUCUGAUAUUGCACUGAGCAAUGAGUAAAAUUUCUGGAUAUUUAAUUCCUUGAUUUUCACUUCUGGUAGACUGUUGUAACACUGAGAUGAUUUGAUGUCAGGUUUGAUUUGCACUGGGUGGGCUGUUAGGAGUACAGUAAGUAAUUUAGUCAAGCAAUGUAAAUAAUUGACUUUAAAUAAUAUUGGACCUAUUUAAGCACAUAUCCACAAGUAUAACAAUUUACAUUUGAAAUGUGACUUUUCAGUUGUAGGUAAUAGUAUCUUCAUAUACAAUCAGUCAUAAUCAGGAAGAACAUAGUAAAUGUAAGUGGCAAAGUGUCUUGAAGAAAUUAGUGAACAUGUACCUCCUGUUGAGAAACCCUUUCAAUCAGUAAUGUGAACAUUAAUUAAAUGUAUUCAUUUAAUGUACAAUUGUUAGAUUUCAUUUUUGUGAUCCAACUAAAUGUACAUGAGUAUUUAUCCUAUAAUGCUUACAAUAGGAACAUCCUUUUGCAACCCUCACUAUUUGGUAAUGUCAACAUUUUAUUUCUUGUUUUUAUUGCCAUGUUUCACAAAUAAACUAAAAAGACCCAACCCAAAUCAAUACAUUUCAUCCAAAAAGGUAAAACAUCAAAUAAUAUUAAUGACUGGAAACAGACAUUUCAAAGCUGGUUUAUUCCACCAUUUACAGUUAAAAGUUGAAUAGUAGACAUUGUUUUCUCUAUCCAAAAUCCACCAAUAAAAAGACCUGGUCCUCAUGUGGUGGGGGCUUACCCU